AAAUAAUUCACUCCCCUAACGUUACAAGCUCUCAGGAUGCAGGUACCUUUAAUUCGACUUCAAUGCGGUGUGAAUAGUUACGAUUGGGGGAAGAUUGGCCAGUCUUCGGCUGCUGCCAAGUUCGCCGCUGCGGCCGCACAAACUAACUUUUCGAUUCAAGAGGAGAAGCCAUAUUCUGAACUAUGGAUGGGUACGCAUCCCUCGCUUCCUUCCAAAGACCUGGAGACGCAGCGAACGCUCCUCGAACUCUUUCAGGAUAAUCAAGCUCUGCUUUCGCAAGAUAUUGCCGACCGCUAUGGCAACAAGUUGCCGUUUCUGUUCAAGGUCUUGUCGAUUAACAAGGCUUUGAGUAUCCAGGCGCACCCUAACAAAAAGCUUGCUGAGCAGCUGCAUGCUAAGGACCCCAAGAACUAUCCGGACGACAACCAUAAACCCGAAAUGACGAUCGCCAUUACCCCUUUCGACGGGCUAUGUGGGUUUCGUCCCCUUGCUGAGAUCACCCACUUCCUACAGAAUAUUCCUUCCCUUCGAAAGCUUGUUGGCGAAGAAGAGGCAAAGGCCUUCGAGGACGCAGUGAAGGGCAAGGAGAGGUCUGAUAAAGAGGAGGAUAUUGAGGCGAACAAGAGGGCGCUACAGUCUGCCUUUACGAAGAUCAUGAACGCAGGUAUGGAUGUUUUGGCGAUGGCGUCCGAAGAGCUUCUUCAAGCAGCCAAUUCUGAGGGUGCUAGCUUUGCCGGCGAGGGGGGUCCCUCAAACGGGGGCAAAGAACUCGCUGAUCUUGUCAUCCGCCUUAAUAGCCAGUUUCCUGGCGAUAUCGGUCUCUUCGUACAAUUCUUCCUCAACUACGUCAAGCUCGACAUCGGCGAAGCUAUGUUCCUAAAAGCAGACGAUAUCCACGCAUAUCUUUCAGGAGAUAUCAUCGAGUGCAUGGCAUCUUCAGAUAAUGUGGUUCGCGCUGGAUUCACUCCUAAGUUCAAGGAUGUCUCGACACUUACCGCCAUGUUGACUUACUCGUACGCUCCAAUUAGCGAGCAGAAGAUGAAGCCCGUGGACUAUCCCUAUGCAACCCUCUCUGCCGCAGCCUACAAAUCCAACUCUACGAGCAUCCUCUACGAUCCGCCGAUCCCUGAAUUUAGCGUUGUGCGAACAGCGCUGAACAAGUCUGGUGCCAAAGCAACAUUCGAUCCCAUCCAAGGACCAAGCAUCGUGCUCUGCACAAAAGGCAAUGGUCACAUGGGUGUGGGCCCGAAGAGAGAGAUAUGCGAGGAGGGAAAUGUCUUCUUCGUAGGCGCUAAUGCGGAGUUGACGAUUGAGAGUGGGACAGAGGGAUAUGGUGGCGAGGGAAUGGUGACAUUCAAGGCUUUCUGUGAGAUUACAGAUAACGGCAGACAAUAGUUGUAAGAAUGCCGCAGCGGAUUUGAACAUAAUGGGAUGGUAGAAGACGAAAUAAUGUGUCACAGGUUCCUGAAGACGUGAUGGUCUCCAGCCGUUUGAUAUUGCCAAGACCUCAAUGAGAC